AGGGUUUCGCAUCUCGGCCGAGGGUGUCAAAAGAAACACUUAAAUCAACAAAGAAUGAAUCAUCCCGAAUUGUAUCAUAGGGCAAAUUGUGCCCAACGUCGCGAUGUGGAACUAAUCAUCAAAAAGUACUUAUCUAAAAUGCAAUGGCAUCAUAAUGGCGCAGUUUCGUUAAUAGAUAUGGGAACUGGAUCUGGUGAUGUGCUUAUGGAUUUUGUAUAUCCCCACAUGGGUAAAAGUUUACAGCGACUUGUGUGCUCCGACAUAAGCCCAAAAAUGCUGAGCUACGCUCGCAAGCAUGUGGUUAAUCUAAACAUGGUAGAAUUUAGAAUAUUGGAUAUGGGCACUGAACAACCGCUGCCCAACGAUUUGGCAGGACAAUUUGAUUAUGUGACCUCUUUUUUUGCCUUUAUGUAUGUCAAAUCUCAAAGACAGGCCUUGAAAAAUAUCCACGACUUAUUGAAGCCAGCUGGAGGUAAAUGUCUUAUACUAAGCCUUGGCAAACAUCCGCUGUUUAGUGCCUACAUUGCUUUGAGCAAAAUGCAAAAGUGGUCAAAAUAUAUGACUGAUGUGUAUUCGUUUGUGGCGCCUCAACACUAUUGUUUAGAUCCUAGGGAUGAUAUAAUAAAUUUUAUGAUUGAAAUCGGUUUCUCUGAUUACCACGUCGAGAUUGAGCACAAGGUAUUUGAUUUUGAGAGUGUGGAGACUUUUAAAAAUGUUAUUGUAAGCAUAAAUCCAUUUUUGGAUUUUAUGCAAGAUUUUCUUACUGCCGCUUUCACAGAUAUGAAUUUAAAAAUGAAACCUAUGGAUCAUACGGGCCCACUUUCAAUAUCAUAUUUUAAUUUGGUUAUCUUUGGCAGUAGGUCUUAAUGGCUUAGAAUAGUCUAUAUUGGAACCGAUUUGUGCUGGAAAAGACAAAUUUUAGAAUUAUUUCCGUUUAAAUUACUAAUAAGAGUGUGGAUUUGUAUCGAUUGAAGAAUAACUUCUUUUACACAAAGCUUAA